AACUAUGUCUAUGUAGAAUGUAGGGACCCAUUCCUGGAAAUGGCAAAAAUGCAAAAGAAAUAUGAAAAGACUAAACAAAGCCUACAUACUCUUUUGGAAAAAAUGGAAACCCAGGAGUCAUCAAAUAAGACAGGUCCAAACAAAAAUGACAUUUGUACCAUGGAACUGCCAAAAAGGAAAUUACUUUUUGCUGAUAAAGAAAGCAACACUAAAACAGAGUUAAAGGCCCAUCAGUUUCAACUGAAAGAAGUAUUUGAAGAAAUCAUUGAACAAACAAACAAUGAAGUUGAAGUCUUUGUUGGGAUGGUCAAAAAUUCCUCGCUCAUGAUAUCUAAAAAUGACCUUCUAAGUGGGAAAGUAAAAAACAACAAAAAAUUAAUUGUCAAUUUCCACAAAGACUCAGUAAUUGCAAAAUACGAUGUGAUUGAUAACACUGUCAAGACACAGUACCUUCUAAAACCACAUCACAAGAUGACAAUGCAAUCUUUGACAAAGGAAAUUCUUGUUGCCUUUAAAGAACUACAGGACUCACAUAUUUGUUGUGGUAUUUUCGAACAACACUGGGUAACUGCUUGUAAGCACUAUAACUUGAACAAUGUAUUCAAAGGGAACAAGACCAAGUAUCACAUAGACAACUCCCACACCCUUCGAGACCCUAGACAAGCAACAGAAGUGAUCUGUGAGACAGUGCGAAGCACACUACAGAAUGGCAGCAACUGUCAUGUCAUCUUGCCCAAGUCAGGUGGGGAUGGUAGUGCACGGCAAUUUAGAUGUGAACCCUGUAGUCAGCUUCUGCGGAAAUGUAUUCGGAAACUACCUUGUGUAUUUGUGAAACCCAAUUUAAAUGAUGGAAGAACAGACCCAAAUUCAAAAACACCCAUGACAUCCUUACAACCAGAGGAACUUCUUCAACGAUGUAGGCGAAUGGGUGAAUACAUUCAUAAAUUAAAAAAGUCUCAAAGCUUGCUUUUGAAGCAGUAUGAACAUGAAAGCAAAAGAGAAAACCUGAUAAAAAUGCCUGAAAAUGUGUUCUUAACAUCUGGAAAACUGGGCUCGUUGAUUGACCUUGCCUUUUCACAAAACUUGCUUCAAGAAAAUUCCGUCCUAUAUGCAUUGUUAUGUGAUACUCUUACCUCACUAAUAAAAGCAGAAGCUGAAUGCAAAGACCCUACAAAGCUGGGGAAGAAAAUGCAACCGAAAGGAAUGCGCUUCCAUCCAGUUGUCUUGAAGUGGUGCGCAGAACUAGCAAGAAAGUGUGGCCAGGGAGGCUAUAACUUGGUAAGAGAAAUCUUACCAAUUCCAUCUCUCAUCACAGUUAAUAGCUACAGGCAAUCUCAAAAAUCUUACAGAGUUGUUUCACCAGAUAACUUAAAACUGUUCUCACAAGAACUCACAAGGCGUAACUGCAAGGGAAUAGGUGGCAUCCACUGGGACGAGAUUUACAUCAAAAAGGGUAUUAAAGUAUGUGCUAGAACCAACCAACUUGUUGGUUUUAAGGACUUAGAGAUCCCUGAAAAUAUUUUAGAAGUGAUCAACAAGGAUGAAAAAGAGCCCAAAAAAACUAAUGGAUACCAAAUAUUUCAAAGCAGUGAUUGUGAAGAUUCCUUGACUGAUGAAGCCUCCACAUGCAAUGAAACAGAUGAAGAAUUGACAGAAACCUCCAGCAGACCAGUCACCAAAAUAAUCCUCCAGUUCUUCUGGUCUUCUAUAGAAGGGGACUUUGCAUGGCCAGUUGCCAGCUUUCCAGUAAACAAAUUAAAUGCAAAAACACUUGGAAAUUGUGUAUGGAGUACUGUUAGUAUUCUAAGUGAGUUAAAGUUUGGUAGAAACAACGAUAAGAAAGUUCAAGCGCUCUAUGGUGUAUGUGAUGGCGCAACUCACAGCUCAGCAUUCUUUAAUCAGUAUGCCUCCACAAAUUGGAUGACAGAAAAUCCUUUCAAUAACAACAAUCCAAUUUUUUGGCUAUCUGACCCUCCCCACAUGAUAAAGAAGUUGCGUAACUUUCUAAUAUCUCAAAAACGCAAUCUCAAGUACAGCAAUUAUGACAUUUCUUUUGAUCACUUGGCUGAUGUGGCCCAGAGGGGCCAAACAAAGCUCUCAUCAAAACAUCUAUUUCUCAGCUCUCGGACGAAGAUGUCAGUUAAGCGUGCUGUGGAAACAUGCUCUAGGGAAGAUGCAGACGACAUACUGUAUAACAGCAAGUAUGGAUAUCCCACUACACUCAUGACAAGAACCUACAUCAGAAAAGCUGCUGAAUAUUUUAAAAUCUUGAACAGUAUUUCAAUUGAUGAUGACAUGACACGCAAACUCAAUUAGUGUACUUGUGUUCUUCAAACGAUGGUAUACAGAGCUGCUGUGGGGAACCAACACUGCAACAAUAUAUGGAAGGAAAUUCAAGUAUUACUACAAGCCUUCUCAUACAAGCUGAAAAGAAAGAAUAUGAUCAAGCUUACAUCGGGUCCUAUGCCACUCUAGCAACUCCUAACUUUGUUUCUGUACCUCUGAAAAGAAAAAAGAAUAAUAUUGGAAAAAUGUCAAAAGACCAUGACAUCCCCAAAUCUGACUCUACUGUUAUCAAAAGUCUUGAAGUCAAUGAGACAGAAAUUGAAACUUUUCACACCAAAAAAGAUGAGGAACAGCUGUAUAGACAAGCUAGACAAGUCCUUGAUCAUAUAGCUGUUAAAUCCCCCAGUGCUAUUAUUGGACACACGGUCAAAUUUGUCAGUUGUCUUCAAGAGAAAGCAAAUAAGCAGUACCUACUUAAAUUCCUGAAGAGAAUGAAUUUUCAAUUGAGGCAACAGUACUUCAUUCCACAACAAUGGCACAACAACAUUCUAACAGAUGCCUUAAAUUUUGUACCACAAGACAAAGAAUUAAUAGCAGCAUGGGAGGAACUGUUUACUAAUGUUUAUCAAGAUCCUGAUGCUAAAUAUCAAGGAGGCGAAAUUUUUAAAUUGUUUAGUAAAAAAAUUUGCAAGAGGAGGUGUGUGACAUUUCUUGCAGUUGACGGUCUGAAUCCCAGUAAUGAGAAGCAAUCAUCAGCAAUUCGUCAAAUGCUACGCCAGUUUGAAAAAAAAGAGCAAGAUAAAGAGAGGGCAAAAAUUGUAAAGUCAACUGAUCAAUGCUUCAAAUGUGGCGAGCUUGGUCAUUGGGCAGCGCAAUGUAUGAAAAACAUUCCACAUGAUCCCGCUUGGUUGGCAAAGCAGCAGUGCUAUGCUUGUGGUCAGGCCGGCCACUUGAAAAAAGAUUGCAAAAACACAUCAUCUCAAGCUGCCAUAUCUACACCAAAGUGUACAUCAAAGAACUCUAAAAGCAAGGUAAAAAUAUAUCUAUAAAUGCGUCAUUGUUUUACAUGAUAUAUUAUAAAAGUGCUUGUAUCUGUGCCUUUAAGUAAAAAAGCCAUUUCCUUGAGAAAGUAGAGUUUUUACACUUUCUGAUAAGGGCUUAAGUUCAAUAACCUUUCUUUACAGGGAGACAUCAGUGACCCUCUGACCAUACAACUGCUUCGUUUACAUGAGGUAACAUUGCGAGACAACCCUACAUUAGUGCCAGUUCAAGCCAAAGGUACUAACAAAGUGAAUGAUGAGCGAUUGUUUGAACAAGGGACGGAGGAAUGGAAAAAAGCAAGGAAAGGAAAAGUGAAUGGAAGCAAAGCUGCAGUUGCAUUAGGUAAAUAACCUUAAAAUACAGCUGAAUGAAAAAACGGUGUCGCUUGAAAAGUACAGUAUAAACCUUGAACUAUGUGACCUGACGUAUUUACGGAUAGCCUUAGCAUUGCAAAUUUAAAGUUUCUUUGAGAAAUGUUUACAUUAUCGAAGCUUUUUUCGACAAUGCAUUCCAAUAAAUGUCAAACAGUUUCCAGUUUUCACGGCUGUCUACAGUAAAAGAGCAUAACCAUAUCACUCAUGCACACUUGAAAAUCAGACGAUGGGACCCAAAAGCUUUUUUGGAAAACAAAAAAGACAGAGGCAUGCCUUAAACAAGAUGCUCUAAGAAUCUGAAUCUGCACAAGAAUCUCGUGACAAUGUAAACUUCUGUCAAAAUAACUUUGAAUUUGCUUUGCUAAUGAAAGUAUACCCAUAAAAGCUUAAUCAUUCAUGGUUUACACAUAUUAGUGACAAAGUUUUUUUUAAUCAGGUAUAUAACAUAUGCUAGUGAUAAAUUACAUCAUGAAUAACAGUAUAGCAUUGGCGUUUGGACUAAAAAAUAUCCUGGUUUUAGAAAUAACUUUUGAUAACAUAAAAUUAUUAUCCUUCUUCUAGGUUGGAGAGGAAGAGAAGAAAUGGUUCUUUAUGCAAAACAACUGAUUCCUGCCAAUGAUUCCACAAACGAAACUGAAACAAUGCCAAUAAAUGAGGCCAUGAAAUGGGGAUCAAUGUGCGAAGAUCAUGCAGUUGCUACUUAUAUCAAUGGAAUGCCAUGUAAAAAAUUUGAAAAGACAGGACUGUGGGUAACAAGGGAUCGAAAUGGGGCUGCUUGGCUUGGUGUCUCUCCAGACGGCAUAGUCGACAGUGAUAUGGGGUUGGAAAUUAAGUGUCCUUAUAUGGGAGGAAAUCUUUUUCCCUAUAGAAAAGUCCCAGUGUUGUAUGUUCCCCAAUGUCAACUCGAAAUGUACUCUACUAACACACAAAAAUGUCACUUUGUUUGUUGGACACCAAGAAAAACAGUGAUUUUUCUGGUAAAAAGGGACGAGCAGUUCAUAAAAGAUCUUCUUAUUCAACUGAAAGGGUUUUGGAGUGAAGCACAGGCUGGAAAAAUACCCACUUGGAACACACACCUUGACCAUCUCAAAGCACAGGCUCAGAAGAUAAGCAACCAGUCAACGGUCUUGACAACACUAACAUCCUGCAGAAGUGAAAAUGCCAUGGAACACAAAGAUUUUAAUAUGUUUUGGAAGAACGCUCAGGGGACGCCCACACGAAAGUGCCAAGGCUGUGGGAAACUGCAAGUCCUCUGCAGAGUUAAUCCUUGCCAAAAAAAGUUACAUUCAAAUCCCUCUUCACCAUCUUCCAGUAUCUUCCAAUCAUACACAUAUGGCUCUGGUCAAAUGGCAAAUUCCUGUUAUUUGGACACUUUUCUAGAAUCCAUUUAUCAUCCUUUCAUACGACAAAUAACACCGGAAAGAACACACUUUGAUCAUACCACUCCAGCUAUGGAUACACUUCUCGAAUCUAUUGUCCUCCGUGGACAAGGAAGUUUUCAUAGAAGUAAAAUGGUUCUCUGGACCUAUUUACACCAUCACACUUCUAAUGGAAGGACGACUUUUCCACUGGGCCAAAUGGCGGGAAUUUCCAACGUCUUUACUGCUCUGUGUUCAGACAUGUCACAACCAGAAAAGAAUGCUCUCUUCAUCACAGAUUCAGUCAACAUCAAAUGCAGAAAGUGUAACCAUUGCCGUAACAUCGUUAACACUCAUAGUUCAUACUUCAUACACCACACUAAUAUAAACAUAAUGGAUAUAACAGAUUCUACAUAUGAUCCAGUGCAGGUCGCAGAAAAGUUACUCGUUCAGCAGGAUAUUCUCUGCUCACAAAGAGGUAUUUGUUUAAGAUCAAAUGAUGAUGGCUCUGUUUGUGGAGGUCAACUUUCCCACUCGUCUUCCGUGGUUAAUAAUCCCUUUCUUCUAGUGUUUGAGCUUGAUAAGGACGAAAACAGGCCCAUCCAGCCUGGACUGUCAAGCAAGCUCCACCUAAGGGUCAAGAAAGAUAAAUAUGACCUGGCAGCAAUUAUAUACCACCACAACUUUCAUUUCUGGUGCGAAGUAUUUGUUAGUGAAAAAAGGUACAGAGAGGGAUGGUUCUUGUACAAUGAUAUGUGGAACAAUGGCAAAGCUGAAUACGUUGGAAAACAUCCCCAAGUAAAAACGACAUCAUACAUGUACAUGUUAGUGUUCGAAAGGUCACAAGUUAACAUGACGACAUCAUGCUCGAAAGAUCACUCAGCAUCAUUAAAGAACAUCAUGUCCGUGGCCUUCCAAAGUAACAUCACUCCUAAUGCCAAGCAAGUAAAGCAGAAUUACAUUGACAUUUUCAAGUCCUGCUCUAUAGCUGUCAAUGCAAGUUCUUCAAACCAGGAGCUGAGAGCCAAACUCCUUGAAAAUGAACAAUGUAUACUCGGUUCCUUGACUACUAGUAAAAGUCCCACAACACAAAAAAGCCCCAACACCACUUCUUCGAAACGCAAAAUCGGAAUGACAGACGACAUACCCUCUGCAAAGAAACCUAAGCUGCUUUAA